AUGGCAAAGUGGAUUCUGCUCAUUGUGGCUCUCCUGGUCCUGGGUCAUGUGCCUCCAGGAAGCUCUGAAUUCAAACGGUGCUGGAAUGGCCAGGGGGCCUGCCGGACUUUCUGCACAAGGCAAGAGACCUUCAUGCACCUGUGUCCGGAUGCUUCUCUGUGCUGUCUGUCCUAUUCUUUCAAGCCUUCUCGCCCCUCAAGUGUUGGAAAUGUGUAG